AUGGCCAUCAUGUCCUCCUCUCGGCUGCUCUUGCAGAGACUAGGCAUCUUUCUGUGUCUUAUUUCCUCUGUCAUCAGCAACACCACCCCUCGACCGGUCCCAGUUCCCGUCCAGCACGACUCCAAUUUCGUUCCAGACAUCGUACUUCGAGUCGACGUGGCCACCAUCCAAUUAAAUUGCCAGCCUCGUCUAUCGACCUUGAUCAACGGGACGUACCCAGCGCCGCCGAUCUACCUCGAACCCGAGCGAACGACUUGGAUCAGAGUAUACAAUGACGCAUAUUUCAAUACCACAAUGCACUGGCACGGUCUAUCACUAUCAACGGCCCCCUACGCCGACGGCACGCCCCAAGCCUCGCAAUGGCCCAUCCCACCAGGUCAUUUCUUCGACUACGAACUUCACCCCAGCGCUGCUGAAGCAGGGACAUCAUUCUACCAUUCUCACGUCGGGUUUCAAGCAAUUACGGCCUCUGGACCUUUAAUAGUCAAAGACGCCAGUCCCCUGCCGUACGCGUAUGACGACGAAAUCAUCCUGAAAAUCGGCGACUUGUAUCCCCAGGACGACAAGACGAUAGAAACGGAACUGACUAGCAUUCCAUUCCGAUGGAUAGGCGAUCCGUCCGCUUUGCUAGUCAAUGGCCAGAGUGGAACAACAAUAUCGCAGCCACAGACACAGUCAACAACAACAAACUCGAACAGUGUCAACUCGACCGAGGCUGGUUCUGACACCUCAUGUCAGCCGUGGGUUAUGAAUGUCUUACCAGAAAAAAUAUAUCGCGUUCGUUUGAUCGGCGCCACCACGAUCUCGUUGGUCCUAUUUGGAUUCGAGGACCACGACAACCUCACCAUCAUCGAAACGGACAGUGCGUACGUCUCUCCCGUGCAGACAGACCAUAUGCAAGUCGACACGGGCCAGCGGUUCAGUUUUUUGUUGCCGACGAAAAGCCGAGAGGAACUGGCAGCAACAAACAAAUCGACUUUCUGGAUCCAGUUCGAAACGAGACAAGAUGACCGGGUUGUUUCGGCGUGGGCGCUGCUCAACUAUACUUUGGACGCAUCGGCAUCAGAUCCAUCAGACAGUGAUAGUGACCAAUACUCACCUCCAGCUGCGCCCGCCACGCCCAGCAGUAUUCCGUCCUCCUCGGUUGUCAGCCUCCCGAACAACGUCACCUCUUGGAUGGAAUAUACCUUUAUCAACCCCCCUUUCGCCGGGUACGACUCACCCCCGCUGUCGUCCGAAGUCACCAGACGAGUCAUCAUUUCGACUCUACAACUGCUCAACACCACGACUCAGAACACACUCAUGGUCUCGAACAAUGCCUCGUGGUUCGACGGGCCUCCACUCGGCCCGAGCGUACAUGUUCCGUAUCUUGUAGAGAUUUUACAGAACGAAACCAUUAACGGCGGGGUGCCAGAUUUUGACGGAGCAAUUGGUUCCAAUUCCAAUUCCAAUUCCACUUCUUCAACGUUCCCUUUCGAGGGGUCUGGGUUCGACCCGUUGACAAACACAUACCCAGCACGGAUUGGCGAAGUCAUUGAAAUUGUAUGGCAAAACGCCGCGUCGUCGCCUGCCCGCGUUUUCGGCGCUCAUCCAAUGCAUGCCCACGGCGGCCAUUACUGGGAUAUGGGGUCCGGACAAGGCGUGUAUAGUCCGGCCGUACAUGCGGAGAUGUUGCGUGCGAAUUCUGUCGUUGUCGAUGCACCUGAUGACGGAGAAAACAGCAGCACGCCAUGGUCUUCUCAACAGAUAAUAGUUCCUUACCCUGGCUCCCGCCGUGACACGACCUUGCUCUACAAGUACGCCUCGCUGGGUACGUAUCCUGGCGAAUUGAACGGGUGGCGCGUCUGGCGGGUCCGUGUCACCGAGCGCAACGUCGGCGUCUGGAUGAUGCAUUGCCAUAUUUUGCAGCAUAUCAUCAUGGGUCAACAGACCGUUUGGCUGUUUGGGACUCCGGAGGAGAUUAGGCAGCAUGUCGAGCCUGUCCAGGGCAGUUUGGACGGGUAUUUCAAUUUCGGCGGCGAUGUGGUUGGUCGAACUGGGACUGGCUAUGAUGGCCAACAGGAAGGAGGUGAAGAGUGGCACCGUGGCAAUGAUACAGUUUGGGGGAAUGGCCCGAGACCGAACGGUGAGGAAGCAGUGAAAGGCAAGAAGAUGAACAAGCCGAAUGGCAAGGGUAGGGUGAAGAACAAAGGUGAAGCAGGAUGGAAGCAGGGGAGUAAAGAUGAAGCGAUCGAGGUCAUGCAGUUUUUUGAGUGA